UUUGCUCGCUCUCACGGGCCUCAUUUGAGCCCGGCCCGGCCCGGCCCGCAGACGAGCCCACCUAGAGCCCCUACUACUCCCGCAGAUCGGCGUCGGCGGCGCACGCUCCUGCUCCGACGGCCGCCGCCACACUAGCAGACCAGAGAGUCGUCGUCGCGGUCACCGCCGGACCGGAGACAUGUCGAAGCUGCAGCUGCCGGCGGACGACAGCGUGUCGCUGCGCGUCACGCACUCCAACCUCACCUCCUUCGCCUCCGACAUCCGGGUCUCGCAGCAGACCACGGUGGAGGCGCUCAAGGAGAAGCUGUGGAAGAAGACGGGCACGGCCGUGGGCUCCAUGCGGCUGGAGCUCCGGGACGAGGCCGGCGCCAGGGUCGCCGACCUCGACCGCGACGCCGCGCCCCUCGCCGCCUACUCCCCCUACGACGGGUACCGGCUGCACAUCAUCGACCUCGACCCGUCGUCGGUGACCUCCGGCGGGUGGCUGGAGGACACCUCGCUCGUCGAGAAGUACACCAUCUCGGACGAAGCGUACGACAAGCUCGGCACAAACUUCCGGAAGUUCAAAGAGAAGAUGGUGUCGAAAAACCCUGUAUCGGACGAUAAGCAAGUAAGCUGCCCAUGCUCUGGACUUCUUUGUUCCUUUCAAGGCUUCAACAGGUCUGUUUACUCUGUUUCUUGUCCUCUUUGGCAGUCAGACAAUCAGAUGGAGGAAUUGUGUGCCAACAUCAAGGUGGGAGACAGAUGUGAAGUCGAGCCAGGUGCCAAGAGGGGCACCGUGAAAUUCGUUGGCAAAGCUGAAGCCCUUGGGCGUGGAUUUUGGGUUGGCGUGCAAUACGAUGAGCCACUUGGAAAGCACGAUGGCAUGGUGAAAGGAGUCCGCUUCUUCGAGUGCCCUCAAGGGCAUGGAGUAAUUGUUAGGCCAGAGAAAGUGAAGGUUGGUGACUUUCCGGAGAGGGACCCAUUCGAUGAUGAAGAAGAUGAGAUAUAGGCAAGUUUAUGUACUUUGGUGUGGAUCGUUUUGGUGUCUCUUCAACUUGUGUCAAAUUCAUUUGUUAUGUAGUCGCUUAUCUGUACCUAGUGAGAUGAUUGAGCAUGCAUGUACUGGCUAGUGUAUCAGCAAAGGAAGGGGAUCUAGAACCCAUAUUUUUAUGGAGAUUAGUUUGGGUUCAAGCAGUCGCUGGAUUACUAAAAAGCUCAUACCCCAAGAACCAAUGACCAAGAUUGUGGGUGUAAUGGGUAUAUAAACUUGAUGUCAUUGGAUUUGUAUCCAGUACCCGAAAACUCAAAGCACUGUUUUUCAUUA